CAGGAUUGGGCAAACCAAGCCGGUUCACGUUUACCGGUUGGCAACAGCACAAUCUGUAGAGGGUCGGAUGUUGAAAAGAGCUUUUAGUAAGUUGAAGCUUGAACAUGUAGUCAUUGGAAAAGGGAAGUUCCAUCAGGAAAGAGCCAAGCCUGAGGCAGAAUUCUUGGAGGAAGAGGAUCUCAUAGCAGUUCUCCGAGAAGAAGAAUCUGCUGAGGACAAGAUGAUACAGACAGAAAUCAGUGACGAAGAACUGGAGAAGGUCUUGGAUCGCAGUGAUCUCGUGGGGACUCCUACUGAUGCUGCUGCUGCACUUCCCCUAAAGGGGCCUGGCUGGGAAGUGGUGGUUCCUACCGCUGGUGGGGGCAUGCUCUCCACCCUUAAUAGUUAGUUUAACUGUUAUUUGAAAAGGUUGGACUUGUUAGUUUUUGUUGGCUAUCAAUUAGAAUAUUUGGGAUUAUGGAUGGAUUCUAUAACUGAUUUUACUGGGUCGAGGACAAGUUAUGGGGAGCUGAGAAAUGAUGCUCCAAAUGGGCUCGGUUGUUUUGUAUAUGAUAGAAACCGAGCAGAAGUUGCGAUAGGCCAAGACAACCUUGAUGAAUAUUUUGAUGCUGAAGAACUAAUGCAAUAGCCAUUUCUAAGUUAUGAUUAGUUCUUUUCUGGUGUCCCAAACACUAUUCAAAUAUUUGGAUAUCAAUGAAGGAAAGUGC